AUGCCAAGUUCGCGCCGCAGCUCACGCUACGUGAUCCCCGUUGGCUCGUCGUCGGCGUCACCGGGGCCAUCCCGGCGGUCGUCGAGCGCCGCCAAAACGUUUAAAGUCGACGAGUUGGCCGAGGUAGACACUGACCCGAUCAACGCGGCGUCGACCCUCCAUAUUUGGGCGCUUGGCAUGGUCGUCGUCAUGGGCGGUCAGCUCUACGGCUGGAACGUCGCACUCACGACGGGUUUUCUUCCGUUUUUCCUUUCCCAAGUCCUCACGGACGCCGCGUACGUCGUGUACAUGUCGUCGGCCGCCGAGGUCGCGGGCAAAAUCGCCUUCUCCGGCGGCUCGUACGGCCUCGCGCGCAUUACGAUUGGCUACUACGCAGGGUUUCUUGUCGGGUACCUCGAGCUCCUCGAGUACAUUGCCGCAUCGUCUGUCUCGGUCAGUUAUGUGAGCAACUUUGUCGUGGAUGCGGUUGACGCGCCACCCGAGUCUGCGCCAGCGGUCAUGGCGGCUGUCUACGCCGGCAUGAUUGGGUUCUUUCUCCUUCCCGGGUGGUACUACUGGCGCGGCCUCGUGCUCCUCGCAGUUCUCUGCCUCUUGCCGGCGCUGCUGGCGAUUCUUGGUGGCGUGGCGUCCGCGGACCUCGGCUUUUAUGGCGCCUUUGCCGCCGACCGCGUGUCUCAGUUCAACGGGACCGGGGACAAGGUUUGGGCCAUGGGCGAUCUCCACUCGGCGUACUUUGCGUGGCUGCCGUACACGACGUGGGCGUUUGCCGGCAUCGAGUCAUUGACGCUCGUGACGAGCAUGGCGUCGACACCCAAGACGACACUACCGCGGGGUAUCCUUGCCGCAACAGCUACACUCUUUGUCACCAAUAUUGCGCUCUUGUUGAUUGUGCCGGCGCAACCGCCAGGUAUCGUUGCCUGUACAAGCGACACGUUUCCGCUCAACACAGCGAUGGCGCAUUUCGGUAUCUCGGACGCGGCGGGGCAAUGGCUGAUUCUACCAGCCCAAGUCGGCAUGGCGGCCGGGUUCAUCCUCCCGUACACGCGCCUCACGCAGGCGCUGGCCAACUCGAAUUUGCUGCCGCCCAUACUCGGCUUGAAGCACACCAAGUCGCUCGCGAAACCAAUGGUAUUUGCGUCCUUCUUUGGGUACCUCCUCUGUCUCCUCGGGUACUUUGCUCUGGCGUUCGAAUCGUCAACGCAAAAUAUUUUCAUUUUGGCCGGCACCUUUUGCUACGGUGCGCAGCUCCUCGGCUUUGUCAUGCUGCGGACUCGGUACCACACCGAGUCGAAUGGGUUUGUGAGUCCGUUCGGGCUCGGCGGCGUUGUGUUUGCAGGCAUCGUAUUUGGCAUGAUUGCCAUCUCGAUCGUCGGCGGCUUCCAAGGCGACGACGGCAUCGCGGCCAUCUCGCUGAUGCUGUUUGUGAUUCUCUUAAGCGUCUACUACCACGGGCACUGCAAGCACCACCAGUCGCUCUCCAAGGACGAAUAUGCUUCAACGCCGAGCGGCUGA